CACAAGUGCAACGAGGCAACAUGGCCGACGACAACAGCGACGGCGCGGCGGUCGCUGUGGCGCCAAGGCGGCGCAUGAAGCCACUUCUCCUGUACGAGGAGAUCGUGUUAGGUGGGGCGCAUACGGCCAAGCGAUUCACAUGCGUGGACGUGUGUGCUCGGUUUCUAGCGUGUGGUGCGACGAAUGGAAGCGUGUACAUCUUUGCACGCAGCCAGAAGAAGCAAGGCAACACGUCGUCCUCUUCUGUGACGUUUCGUCUGCUCAAGAUGAUCUCCCCGCCUUCGGCCACCAGCGACCGGCACCAGGACCCCGUCACGUGUCUGAGCUUUUGUCCGGUGCAGCGGUAUCUCGUAGUAGGCACGAGUCGCGGCGCCGUGUACGCGAUCUCGUUGCUCGAUCCAGCGCGCAUUGGCGAGAAGAUCGAGUUCUCCCACCCGCUCCACCACGGUUUCUCCGUGUCUGCGCUGCUUUGGGACGAACCUGGUGCGCGCGUCUUCUCCGGGUGCACCGGCGGGACCGUCGCGCAGACGAGCAUCCGCGCGGGGGUGUCUGCGAUCUUCGGGUCGUCCUCCACCGAGUUCCUUCUCAAGGAAGACACGUCCAUCGUCCAGCUGGACAUCCAUCACUCCAACGCCACGGGCGAUCUGCUUCUCGUGUCGUCGCAAACCCGCGUGCUCGUGCUCAACCUGUCGACCGACGGCGGCAUCGUCCAAGUCGGCACGAAACUGCGACAGGGUAACUUUGGCGGGUGCUUCUUUGUCGACCCCGACGACAAACAAGUCAAAGUGUACUCGUCCCGUCCCGGCAAGCGCGUAUGGGUCGCCGAUCCCGCGUCCGGCACCGUGUCCUCCACCCUCCGCUUCUCCAUGAGUGUGCCGCCGACGCCCUUCUUCCACGGCCCGAACGUCGCGCCCGCCGACGACGUGUCGGCGAAGAACGUAACCCUGUCGCAUGUGAGUUUGUUCAAGUACAUCCACGAGAGCAUGGACUUCACGCCGGACCUGCCGCAGCUCAUCAGCUGGGCGCCCAACUCGUCGGCACUCGUCCUCCUCGACCCCAUCGGCGUCGAACUCGUGGAGUGGCAUGUCGACCUUGGUGUCAUUCACGACCUCAAGGUGCUGGAUGCGUCUGUGUUUGUGGUGCUCCAUGGCGAUCCAGGAAAGAUUGCGAUUGUGAGGGCCUGUGCCGCGAUUGAGUUUUUGGAGCUCGCCGUCUCGAACGACUUGCAAAAGUCCAUUGAGCUGGCGGUCAAGUGCAAUAUCCUCGACCUGUCGUUGCUGCUGAAUCUCCAGUGCAAAUGGGUCGAACACAUCAAAACGACACCAGACGACGCCGCCAAGUUGGCCCCGCAGACCCUCGCGGAACUCGAAGCGCUGGUCGACGCCGCUGCGACGUUGGUUCAAGAGCACACUCGGCCGCCAGAGCUCGACAUUGCGCCGCCCCACGUCGUGUUCAAGCAGCGCCGCGACGCGCCCGCCGCCGACCCGCCGCCGCCACUCCCCCCUUCGGACCAAUCACUGUCUUUGAAACUCAACUUUCUGUACGAAAAGCCCGCUCUGUACGACUCGGUGCGCACGGCCACGACCGGAUGCGACAUGGUUCCGUCUCAGCCCAAGCGCCACGUGUCCAUUUCCGACCUCGGAACGAACGACAAGGUCGUGGACGAAGCAUGGCGGGCGCGGCACCUCCCGCCCCCGAGCGACGUGACCCUCAAGCCCGCGACUCUCUUUGGCGAAGUCGACUUGGAGACGCACCUGACAAAUGCCACGUCUCAGCUCGUGUCGAUGCUGCCGGAGCGGUACUUUGGACGGACGUCGUCGUCUGCCGCCACUCCGACGACUGCCGAAGACGACGAACCCGCCGAGUUUCCGCCCUUCGACCCGCCCGACAACCAUGUCCUACAAGCCAAGUCGUCGUCGUCGGUGCAGUCGGUGCUCAAGCUAGCGAUGGCAGUGAGUCCGUCGAAAGGAGGGGAAAGAAGGGAAGGUGGUGAUGAUCUGCGCCUGAUUGUACCCGAGACGGCGGAUGGCGCCGCCGACCAAGCGUUCGACCCGCGGUCCGGCCAAGAGGUGGUGCUGGAAGCCAUCGCGACCGACUUGUUUCUGUCGGAGCUUCAGUUCCAGUCCAAGCGACCGCUAGCCCAGCGCCUCUGCCUCUCAACUGACAAUGACAACCAAGACGAUACGCCGUCGCCUUGUUCUUCACGCCCACGUCCAUCUAUCUGGAGGCAUCAGAAUAUGACGACAGCAGCGCCGAAACGGCCGCGCACCGCGUCGGACACCAAGCAGCAGCUGAUUGAGCGGACGGUCGCCAAGCAGAUGGGUGUGUGCGCAGUGUCACAUGUCCAAAUCAAGUGGACGCUUGGCGGGACCAUGCGCGAGUCGGCCGAUUUGGCGGCGGUGGCGGCGGCGCGGCCGGUGUUUGCGUCCGUCCAAGCCGACUUUGAGCAGGCGGUGGCGGCCGCCGCGACCCAGCUGCACCUGUGGCCGCCGGCGACGCUCACCCGACUGGCCAGUUGUGCGACCAACGGGCACUUGGGCCACGGAGACUUGAAAAGGGCGCGGCGAUGUCUAGAGGCGUUCGUGGGCAGCUUCGACCCGACGAUUGACAUGGCGUUGAUUCAGAAGCGAAAGCAGAUCGAUCUUAUCAAGAAAACCCAGCUUAAAGCCGUGCAAUUGGCUGGUUCGCAUAGCCACAAAGAAGAAGAAGAAGAAGAGGAAGACCUGCUGCCGCUUACACGGAAUGACUGGACGUUGGUGCGGCUCUUGGUAUCGUUUUACUUUGUCCUGCUGGGUCCAGUCUAUGUUGAAACUCUGUCGCAUGGAUCGAUGAAGAACGACGAAUAUGCGACACUGUGUGGAGGGGUCAUCCCUGAACUGGACGUCCAGUACCGCUUGAUACGUCGUGAUGCCACCCAAUCGAGCGAGUAUUACAGUGAAGCCCAAGUGCAGGCAUUUCUAGCCACAUAUGGCAACUACAUCAACUUGGACUGGGCGGCCAUGGUGUGCAGCGUCCGCCAAUUUCCCCAAGCUCUCAGCGACGUGUUGAACCUGGCGAUCUCAUCGUCGGAAAGCAUUGCCGCCGACUGCGAAGACUUGUUGCACCACGUGGCCGAGGGCAUUCCGUUCGAGUUUCCGCGUCCGUCGGCGGUGUGCGUGUGCCUCCACUUGCUGCAUGUGCUGCUAAAGACCACCAAACAAGCCGCCGUCGACUGGUGCGUCCGCAUGUACCCCCGCGUGUCCCCGUGGAACGUGCAGUGGGCUUUGUUCGGGGCCAGCGUCGACUUUGACCAGACCAACUCCACGUACUUGAGCUAUCUCACGGCGCUACUACAGAAAGCUCCGGCCUCCCGCGGCGAUGCCAGCAUUAUCACGCACUGGCUGCACAUGCAUUUCGCCCAACAUCAAGCCGAGGAUGUGCUGCUAGCGUUCCUGCAAUACCCGUCUGUGUAUAUGCAUCCUGAUGUGUCUGCGCUUUGCUUCAAACAUGAACGGUGGUCGUGCCUUGUGCAGAUCGUGCUACACGCUGUCGCAGACCCCACGACAUGCAAAAUCGGAUUGGUGGACUUGCGGCAGCUGGUAUGUUCGAUGCUCCAGAGCGACGGCCCCGCCUCGUCCUUGUCGGCCAUCUUCCACGCCAUGAUGCAGCUCGACAACCCUGGCAGACCUCUGCAGUACAUUUUAGAAGAAGUCGAAGCGUACAUGCAACAAGACACUGCCCUUGAUGGAGUGUCCACGGACAACCGAGUAUACGUCGGCAUCUUGCACGCGCUGUUCGAUGCAUGCGGUCCGCAGCUGGGCCUCCGACUGCUGGACACGUGUCCGACGCUUAUCAAGUUGGCGCCGCGGCAGUUGUACGCGGCGGUGGUGCACAUGCAGGCGCUGCAACAUGCCCACGCCGAACAAGUGACGCACAUAUUGGAAGACAUCGACACGUACAUAUGGUCGUGUAGCCGCAGCCAUCACAUGGGGCUGGCUCCCCAAGUCGAAGCCACGUUCCGCCUAGAGUGCGGGUAUUACGACCUUGAGAAGAAGAACCCCCCGCUUCCCACCACCACCACAUCGUCCGACACUCGCGUCGGAAUGCAAGAUGACAGCAAUUUGGUGCGGCAAUAUUUCGAGUCGCGUAGCAACGACUGGGGCGGCGAGAUUCAAUUGCAGGACUGGCACUGUGUGCACUGCGACUUGCCGGUCGUGUACUUUGGUGCAGGUACAGCAUGUAAUUAGUAUUAUGAAGGAGGAUUGCAAUAUAUCAAGCGACGAACGGGGGUGUACGUAGAUGGACGCAACUUGGACGCGGUGCUACUUCCCUGUGGCCACGCCUUCCACGACGGGUGUGUUCCUGACCGCACAUGCUCCAUUUGCCUCCAAGACAACUUUCGAUUUGGGUGAUGAUUGCAUUUCCAUGACGUGGCAGCAGCAGGAUUGAAGUUGCCUACCAUGUGAUUGUUCUAAUAUGUCCCAUCAUCGUGUUCAACGUUGCAAUAGAUGGAUAUUUUACAAAUGUAAAACCAGUAAUUGGCGGUCAAAAGCAGUGAUAAUGAUAUGAAUAUCAUCGAUUCAGAUAAUAUACUUGUCGGAUUUAAAUGCAGGCUUUUAAGACGUACAUAACUAGUAUUUUUA